AUGGCUCCGGCGGAGACAAAAACAACCGGCGCGGUGAUCGGAAUCGACCUCGGAACGACCUUCUCCUGCGUGAUCGUCGCUCGAAACGGCAAGACGGAGAUCAUCGUCAACGACCAAGGCAACCGCACCAUCUCUUCCUCCGUCGCCUUCACCAACUCGGACCGCCUCGUCGACGAAGCCGCCAAGAACCAGGAGGCCCUCAACCCCCGCCGCACCAUCUUCGAUGCCAAGCAACUCAUCGGUAAAAAAUUCGACGACCCAGACCUCAAGCGCGACCUCCGGUACCUCCCUUACCUUGUAGUCGACCGCGGCGGAAAACCCUACGUUGAAAUAUCAACUGCCAGCGGAGAAGAAGAAGUCAACAAAACCUUCAGCCCGGAAGAGACCAGCGCCAUGACCCUGAGAAAAAUGAAGGAAACCGCAGAAUCUUACCUUGGAAAGCCAGUUACCGGCGCCGUCAUCACUGUCCCGGCCUACUUCAACGACAUGCAGAGACAAGCAACGAAGGACGCCGGAACAAUCGCCGGGCUCGACGUCCUCUGA